UCAUAGUGCUUAUAUCCAUUUUUACUGUUAAUAAAAUACAAGAGCAUUAAUGAUGAAUUGAUGAGGCUCAAUGCUAAAAAAAAGUAAGAUAUCGUAAGCAUUAUUUAAGAUAAAAAAUUUGAUGUUUGACUUGAUAAAGAUAUAUCUUAUGCAUAAAUGAAAGUUUGGCUUGAAGAAAUCCCACCUACUAUAACUUCAUGUUCUCCUUGAUUAAGGUUUGAGUAAUUAAUAAAAGGAACCCUCUUCAUGUCAAAAAUAAAAAAAAAAUAAAAAAUAAAAAAGAUUUGAUGGUAUACAUAUUUAUUAGGAUUUUAUUAGAAAAAAGUUUUCUUCAAUUUUUAAUUUAUAACCUAGGUUCAUAAUUUUCAAACCUAUAUAAACACUAAAUUAAGAAAUAUUUUUUGGUAAACACUAUUCUAGUAAUUUCUUAUUUUUCAACGCCACACUGGCAAAUCGUUCUAAAAUACUUGACCCUUAUUUAAAAAAAAGAAAAAAAAAAUCAUCGCUUCUCUAAUCCAAGUUCAAAAUUCAAAUCAUCAAUUCGUCCAUUUUUCACAACAAAACCCCCCAUUUUCAUUGGAAGAGAGAGAAAAUGAACAUCAUGAACAAUACUCUUCCUGACCAUCUCAUUUUCGAGAAAAUCCUCCCAAUACUUCCUGUUAAAUCAUUACUUCGCUUCAAAUCUGUUUCCAAAUCAUGGCUUUCUACCAUUUCUUCCCCUGAAUUUGCUAAUCCCACCUCCAAUUAUUCUCUUCACCCCCUAAAUUAAUCGUACUUGCUGGGCAAAAUCGUGCACUAGGAGAGGAAUUUUACUUAUUAAAUUACGAUGAAAACAACAAUUACGAGCUUAAGCAUUUCGUUGAAUUGGAAUUAGAAGAUGAGUAUGAUAGUCCAGUUAAAUCCUUCUAUAUUCUGGGUUCUUGUAAUGGGCUUGUGUCUUUGCAUGUACAAGAACGGUCCGGUGAGAAGGCGUUCUUUAUCGGUAACCCGGCUACUCGCCGCUAUCGAAAGAUCAUGAUCCCUGAGGGUGUUUAUGUAAGUUAUGUCCACUGUUUUCUGUUUUACUAUGAAUCAUCAACAGAUGACUAUAAAAUCUUUGGUGGGUUUUCGUCUUUUGAAGGUGAUUAUGAUCAAUUAUAUGUGUUUUCUUUGAGUGCUGGAAAUUGGAGACAGAUUAAUGUGUUAGAUAAUCUUGUGGUAUCAGAUGAGGUUGAGGAGGUUGUAUUGGUCAAUGAAACUAUUUACAUGUUGUUUGAAUUUCGGAAUACUAUAAUUGGGUUUGACUUGAGUACAGAACAGAUUAAGGAAUUGCAGCGGAUGAAUUGGUUGAAUAACUAUAGAUGUGUGAGUUUGUCGGAGUUAGGAGGGUGCUUGUUGUUGCUUUGCACUACUGCUAAUCUUAAAGUAGAUGAUGUUUGGAUGUUGAAGGAUCCUAGUGAUGUGAGUUCUUUGGAGAAAUUGUUCUCUGUCAAUCUUACUAAUGUGUUAUACUAUGGUUUUUCUGAGAAUGGCAAGCGUUUGCUACACACUGAGGGGAAAAUCAGGGUAUUCGAUCCGACUCGGGAGACUCCACAGAUGACUCAAGGGGGUAUUGCUUUCUAUAAUGAUGAUAGCAUUGUUCAAUCAAAGAGUUAUAUUGAAAGCUUAAUUUCACCUUUCUAAAGCCAUGAUAAAUGGAGGUAACAGAGAGAAGGGAAUACAACACUCAUUUUGCUAUGAAGAGUUUGGUAAGUUCGCCUUUCAUGCUAAACAGCCUGUGUGAUAUGGUGUCUUCAUGCCUUAAAGAGUUUAAUUUAAGGAUGAUGAGAAUGGCAGAG